CUACUAAUUAUUAAUUUAAUCCCGACAAUGAUAGAAUUCUCUUCACUACUCUCUGCGAGUCAUACCAACUGCAUAUAGCGUCAAAACUUCUCUCAUAAAUUCCAAAUCCUUGGCCAUCAUCACAACCCCACAAAUGGGUGAAGUUCCAAGCCUCUUCACACAGCCGCCGCCUCCCUCUACACCCAAACCCCACAUGCCCAUGUUGUACUACGGCCUCCUCGUUAUUGGAACCGCCGCUCUCCUGCUGGCGGUAUACAACCUCCUCAUCAUCAGAUGGUGCACGCAGCGCCGGCACGUCCAGACGCCGGCGAGAGCGAAUCCGUUGGUGGAGAUCUCAGCCGCCGGCCAGAGCUUUGGAAACCUUAACGGGAACUUCUUCUUGUCCAGCUUCAAGUACAAGAGCGAAGCUGGAGGAGGAAUAGCGCAAGAUGAAUGUGCGGUUUGCUUGUCGGUUUUUGAGGAAGGUGAAGAGGUGCGGACGCUGCCGCGGUGCAAGCACUCGUUUCAUGCUCCGUGUAUAGAUAUGUGGCUUUACUCUCACUCCGAUUGCCCGCUUUGUAGGGCUCCGGUGGGCUCCUGGUGUCAGCGGCAUCCCGUGUAUAGGCAGCCGGUGAAUUCUAGAGAAGGUUUGCCGGAUUCAAGCAUCUCAGUUUAAUGGGUUUUUUUUGUUUUUUAUUUGGAAGGGGAAUUUUGAGUAUGGCUGUUGCUGUGUGUGGGGGGGCCGGGCCUGUGAGGACGAUAAGAACAAACAAAGAAUGGGUUGGAAGAAGGUUAAUUGCAUUGAUGAUGUGGAGUUCUUGGUAGACUUUCCUUCCAAAAAUUGACACAUAUCAACCCAAUUUAAUAGUGUUGUGUUUGGAUAAUUCUUCCGUCAAUUCCUACUAGUCUGUGUGAGACAAAGUUUUGUAACUUAAUAUGUACAUAAUUAACAAUGAUAGUUUUUUGUAUA